GGUAAAGCGGCCAAGAUCAGACGUGCAAGCAAACGGGAGCGCCCUGGUCAAGACAAAUGGUGGCAGCAGUAGCGCUCUCGUCGAAGGUGGAGAGUAACUGGCUGAUUCAAGUCCUUUGCGACUAUAUAGCAAUAUGGCGCUUCACAUUUACAAGCCUCCGUGAUGGAACUCAGCGGGCAUUCCGGUGAGAUUUUCGCCGCCCGUUUUGACCCUACUGGUUCGCACAUCGCCUCCGGCAGCAUGGACCGCGAUAUCCUUCUCUGGCGAACGACAGGCGACUGCGCGAACUACGGUAUCCUGACCGGCCAUAAGAGUGCAGUACUUGACCUUCAGUGGUCGCGCGAUAGUCAGGUCAUCUACUCCGCCAGCGCUGACAUGACGAUUGCGAGCUGGAACGUGGAGACUGGCGAGCGCAUCCGACGGCAUGUUGGGCAUGAGGAAGUGGUCAACUGUCUCGACGUCAGCAAACGCGGCGAAGAGUUCAUCGUCAGUGGUAGCGAUGAUGGCUCGAUCUCCGCUUGGGAUCCACGGCAAAAGGCCGCUAUCGAUUUCAUUCAGACGGAUUUCCCAGUAACCGCUGUUUGUAUUUCCGAGGGCGGCAACGACGUCUACACCGGCGGGAUCGACAAUGAGAUCAAAGUCUGGGAUUUACGUAUGAAGAAAAUCCAGUACGAACUGACCGGCCACACCGACACCAUCACCUCCCUCGCCCUAUCACCGGAUGCGCAAAGUCUACUCUCCUACAGCCACGACAACACAGUGCGGACGUGGAACGUCCAGCCCUUUGCGCCCCUGGACCGGCAGAUCCGGAUCUUUGACGGCGCGCAAGUGGGUUUGGAACGAAAUCUGCUGCGCGCGUGUUGGGAUGCGGAGGGUAGUCGGGUGGCGGCGGGAGGUGGAGAUGGUACGGUGACGGUGUGGGAGACGGGGCAGAAAGGUAGGAUGCUGCAUAAGCUGCCGGGACAUAAGGGGACGGUGAAUGACGUGCGCAUUUCGCCGGAUGGUUCGAUGGUGUUGAGCGCGAGUACGGAUCGGACGAUGUUGCUUGGGGAGCUGCCGAGAUGAGAAGAUUUCGCCGCUUUCGCAUGCGACUUUACUGGUCUUUGAUCGACGGAAACUAAUCACAGGUUGAGACUGUACAACGCUUCUUUGCGCCGCGUCCCCGGUGCUUCAGUAGCCACCAGGUCAACUUCUAUCGAAUUGGGAGGGCUUCGUUGAGUCGAAAUGAGGCAGCCGCCAGACCCUCACCAGGCCGCACCAGCUCGUAACAAUGGAUGUCGUAAAAGUCUGUAACGGACAUGUGGCAGUAUGGGAAGGGGACGUUGAAUGAAGGAUAUAGCGACGAGGAUUCUGUUCGAUAGGUGAUGGUCUACGGCGUGUCGAACGCUCGCUGGAGCUGAAUCAAGUAGCACGAUUGCUAACUACGUAGGGUUGCGAUGAAGAAAUACAAUGCUCGUCCCAAGGGCCCUUCAACUAGACUUCAAAUCGUUGCCUC